UUUUUUUUUACGGGCAAUAGUCAUUUCUUUUUAAAAAGUUUUUUCUUUUUUUUUUGUUUGUUUUCUGUUUCCUUGGAAACAAGCUCGCUUGACAUUUCUUUUGUUGCACGUUUUUAGACAAAACUCCGCUCUAUUCAUAUUUUCUCUUUUUCUUCUUUUUUUGUUAUAAUAUUAUUAUUAAUAGAACCAGCAAUGGGUAAUGCACUUUCCAAAAAGAAAAAGAAAUCAAGAAAGAACAAUGGAAAAAGACAACAGCCACCGCCACGGAUUGAUAUUUCACAAGACAAUGAACACAGUGUGAACACAGCACGGUCUGUCAAUUCUAUCCUUGUUACCUCGUCUAACCAUCGAAAGCACCCAAUGAACUCUAUCAACAAUACAGGAGCAGAAUUAUCUCAAUUGAAUCCUGAUCAAACCAAUGAAGACACAAUACAAAAUGAUCCUUUCAAAGGCAAAGUAGAACACCCACAACAACACAAAUUAUUGGCUCAGUCUGACUAUUGGCCACCCAAGAACAAGGAGGGUUUAGAAGUCGACGUGGACCAACAGAAUCAGCUGACGGUAUCCUCAGUCAAUCAGUUGACGGUCAAUUCAGUAUCUAGUUUUCAAGGAGGGUUGGCUCAGAUCGAUGAUUAUAUCAGUCGACUGUUGGACGCUGGUUAUACCAGUAAAGUACCUAAACAAUUAUGUCUCAAAAGUUCAGAAGUGACAUUUAUCUGUCGAACGGCCAUGGACAUCUUUUUAGGGCAACCAUCUUUACUCGAACUCUCUGCACCUGUCAAAAUCGUUGGUGACACACAUGGACAAUACACCGAUUUACUACGACUGUUCGAAAUGGGUGGCUUUCCUCCUUCCUCCAAUUAUCUAUUUUUAGGUGACUAUGUCGAUCGAGGCAAACAGAGUUUAGAAACGUUUUUACUCUUGUUGUGUUAUAAGAUCAAGUACCCUGAAAACUUUUUUAUCUUACGAGGCAAUCAUGAAUCGGCUAAUGUGACCAAAGUGUAUGGGUUUUAUGAUGAAUGUAAACGUCGAUUGAGUCCCAAGAUGUGGAAAACCUUUGUGGAUGUCUUCAAUACGUUACCCUUUGCAGCCUUGGUCGCUGGCAAGAUCUUUUGUGUUCAUGGUGGACUUAGCCCGUCAUUGCAUAGCAUGGAUGAUAUACGAAAUAUUUCCCGCCCGACAGAUGUGCCUGAUUUUGGAUUAAUAAAUGAUCUACUCUGGGCUGAUCCGGCAGAUAUCAUGGCUGAUUGGGAAGAAAAUGAAAGAGGCGUGUCCUACGUGUUUGGUAAGAAGGUGAUUAAUGAAUUUCUUUCCAAAUUUGACUUGGAUCUUGUCUGUCGAGCACACAUGGUUGUAGAAGAUGGAUAUCAAUUCUUUAAUGACCGUACACUGGUCACAAUCUUUAGUGCACCCAACUACUGUGGCGAAUUUGAUAAUUUUGGCGCGAUCAUGAGUGUGAAUGAAGAGUUGCUGUGCAGUUUCGAACUACUGACGCCAAUGGAUCAUCCGUUGGCAGCUGUCAAAUCUAAAAAAUAAAAAAAAAGGGAAGGGAUACCAAUCAAUAUUUUUGUUUACAUGUGUUGCAUUAACAUCUAAUAAAGUAAUUUUUCUUCUUUUUUGUUCUAUUGGAUAA